CGUAUGCGAGACCUUCCGAAAUACAACGGAAUCUCGCGUUCGCGGUUAUGUUAUGUUCGCAACGAGGCUUGAUGUAUGUAAAAAAAAUCUUUUUUUCCCACGAUACACAGUGAGUCGUCAUUGUGUCGUUGCCCCUCAUUGCGAGUAGAAUCGCUCCUUUCUCUAUCCGCUCGUUUUCGCGCGCGCGCGCUCGUUUUCGAGGGUGCUGGUCACCCGGGAACGGUGCGAAAUAUAUGCUUGCGCUCGACUCGUUAAUAACGUUCGGCGGCGAAAUAUGUCAGCGGACACGUCGGAUCCGGACGGGAGCACAAAAUCUACCUGCGAUGCCUAUCUCUUCGACGAGAUCGACCGCGUCGAUCUGUCGGAUUUACAGCUUGACGACAACGACGACUGGUUGUAUAUGCCUCUGCAAUGCUCAACCGGAUCUGCAAUUUAUGAUUUAUACACCUGGUUGAAAACGGAACCAGAAUUGGAGUUACAAAAUAACAAAAAAUGCAUUGACACAAGAACAUUUACAAGACCUAAAAAGCGAUCAGUUCGAAUGAGUUUUGAUUCAAUUUUUGAAGGUUUACCAUCUUCUCCAACGGCAAAUACAUCAGAGACACAAAAUACAGCUGUUACGCACAUAGAAAAUAUGGAAAAAUAUUUACCUGCAACAAUAACAGACAAGGAAUCUGUGCCACUGAUGUUAAAGUCAUCCGCCAAAACAGCUGUAAAUAUUUUAUCCGACGAUAACUUUUCAGUAAUAUCAGGCCAGGAAAGCAUGGAAGCAUUUUUGAACAUGUCCCAAUCUAAAGGAAUUGAUUCGUUUAUAAAUUUAGGCGAACCCGAAUUCAGUGAUCUAUUGAUGAGCACGUCGCAGCCCUCUGUUUUAUACACAUCUAUUAUCUCACCUCACGAGACCACAUUGGUGGAAAAUAGCACAAUAAUAUCAGUAACAAAUAAGAAUGCAGCUCAAAACGAUGUAAGAAAAGAGUCAAACUUCAAUAAUAAUGAAACUUUCGUGACGCAAAACGCCAACGAUACGUUCAUUCUGGACAAAACGUCUCGCACAAAUACUCCGAGCAACAUCGACCAAAAGUCUGUUCAACUGGAUAAAGGCUUGAAUGAGACGUAUGACGCUCCUAUCGAAAUAUCAGCACCUCAAUUGAAUCUCAAUAAAGAUGUAACGGUCACUUUGUCUUCCACUUUUGUAACCGAGCCUAAGGCUGACACUACCUUUGUACAAUAUUCGGACGAGGCGAAUAAUGACAUUAAGCCAUUGGAUACUACAUAUCUGUCUUCGGCGAAGGAUGCCGAGAGAGGGAGUUCAUCCGUAUCGAUUGAGAGUGAUACGUACACUAAGUCUACCACGCAACAAGUAGAUCUGAAUGUCACGUGUGACAUUCCGCCGGACAAAUCCACGUCAAUCUUAGAUCUAUCUUUCAAGGUGCCUACUCAUAAUCAAUCCACGCCGAUGAAUCCGAACGUGGUGAAUCAAAUAUCGAAACUCGCUGCGAAGCACCUCGAUCAGCCACGACAAGCCAUGUAUUCCGCGUUGAAGGCUCCCACAUCGUUGAGGCGGGAGUUGCUGGCAGAGGUGCAACGAAGCGACGAUCGCAAGUUGGAUUCCACGUACAAUCAUAUCCCGGAUGAUUAUCUUGGCUCGAGAGACAUGAAGGAAAAUAUUCGUGCGGUUUGCAACGAAAACGAGACUGAUAUUCUUCCAUUGAACAGAUAUCAGACGUACAAAAAGUCGAUGUUGACGAAUCAGGGUAGAGGCCAGAAGGAGAUCGCUCAAAGAGAAUUAGUAACAGCGGACCAACGUAAAUUUUAUACCUUCACGAAGAGGAACAACAACAAUCCUAUCGAAAAGACUGAUGCUAUUGCCAAUGAGAACACAGAAGUGCGUGUGAAUAUGGACGAGACGUUCCUCAAACCUCUGCCGCCGAAAGCGCAGCUAAGAGGAAAUAUACCGAGGAUGCUAUCGAAAUUACCAAAGUUCUUGCAAAAGUCCAAUCCCAAUCUUGUGUCGAGUUCGCUGAAGGCCAGCGCGGGCGUGUCCGGUUAUGCCAGCAUAUCCAGCGCGGGAUACAUCAAGGGCUCGCAGCCCGACAUCGUGCAAAGGGACGUCGCGGAGAGAUCGCAAUUGUCCGGGAACCACUUGCAUCCGUACGGCAAGCUGAAGAGCGGCUCCGAGCAACGGUUGCUCGAGCAAGUUAACACGAAUAUCCAGUUUCCGAUCAAGUGCGUGAAAACCGCCAGCUCGACGGAGAGUAUAGAGAGUACGCAGAGCGCGCACAGCGCACCCGAUCUGGACGACAGACUCAGCACGUGCUCUGACAGCAGCAGUCACAAUUCGUGCAACAGGCGCACAAUGAAUAUCGAGCAGCUGCAUCAACUAGUACGGAUGCAGGAAGAGAGUUUGAAGCAAGAUUCAGCACCCAAGCCGCGUGUUUUAGAAAACACUUGGGUUGAAGAGAAGACGGAUUUGCCUUCCCCGAUUCUGAAAAAUGGUGUAGAAUACGGCGAGAUUAGGAAACAUUCAUUAAAUAGUGAUAUGAAAUGUAGCUCUCCAAUAGUGAGUCCUACUGGGUCUAGUCAUGCACUAAACAAUGACGGAAAUCCUGAAGGCAACAUAAUAAAAACCAAGGAAGUUGAAAAGACAGAGGGUCCGAAUCAAGUAGUGCCUAAAAUUGAGAAUAAGACUCGGUUGAGACAGCCAACCAAUUGGAGCACCGGAAGUAAGCCAGCUGCUGUGAUAAGCGGAAUUCCUAGACCCGCGUCGCGUAUACCAGCUCUCAGAUUCGUCCGGCCAAACGCGAAACCGCAAGCCGAUCUGAGAAAGGAAUGAAAUUUCAAACGGUAAAGCAAAAUAUUCAAAAAGAAAUAUUAAAAGAGAAAAAUCUUUGACUUGAGAAUAAUUUAAUAUCACUAACGCGUGGAUAUUACAGUAACAGGGAUGUUUUUAGUUCUAUUAUGUAAUAAUUUUUCUAAUUUCAAAUUGAUAAAGAAUAUACAUGGACAAGUUUUCAUAAAAACAUGUAUCGGAAAGUAACUCAAUAGAUCAAUUUCUGCUAUUAAUUCAUAGGCUAGUAUAGUAACAUUGUAAAUUAUAAUUUUUGUGCAAAACAUACUUCGUAUCUUUUCAUUUAUUGCAACUUUGUCAUUGCUUUCUGUUAUGUUGUCUUUAGGAUUUCCUUUAAAUAUAUGUCAAUAUUUACUCUCUUAUUUUUCAAAUUAAAUUAUUUACUAAUUAUUUUAAUUUUAUAUUGAAACAAGAGAAUUUAAUUAUCGUCGUUAUUUAAUACAUGACUUAGACCUAGUAAGACUCAUUAGAGAUUUAUAUUUCAUACUUAAAAUUAUGUUAUAUUAUAUAAUAAUAGAACUAAAAAGAACCCUGUUAUUUUAAUAACCACGUUAGUGACUAUUAGAAAUAAUGAAGUUUUUCAGAAAUGAGAAAAGAAUUCAGUAUUACUGAACUUUCAAAUCGAACAAUGAGAAAGAGUUAUUAAUAAUAUUUGCAUGUUUAUUUGUUUGCUCCUGACUAUUGUGUAAAAAGAAGUGCUUUUUACACAAUGAUCAGGUGCAAAUAGCAGUGAUAAAUCUGAAAUCCUUUUACACAAAAGCAAAUCUCACAUUAUUAAUUUUACAAAUGCAAUGCAAACAAAUAAACAUGCAAAUAUUACUAAUAUAAUUCUGUCUCAUCAUUUGAUUUGGAAGCUCAAUAAUACUGCAUUUUUCUUAAUUCUAAGGAACUUUAUUACUUAUAAUAGCCACUAACAUGACUAUUAGAAUAACAGGGCUCUUUUUAGUUUUACUAUUAUAUAAUAUAACAUAAUUUUAAGUAUGAAAUGUAGCUCUCUCCAAUGAAUCUUCCUACUGAGUCUAGUCAUGCAUUAAACAACGACGGUAAUUUUUUUUUUUUUAAUAUGAAAUUAAAAUUAUAAUUAGUAAAUAAUGUAAUUUGAAAUAAGUAAGCAAAUAUUAACAUAUAUUUAAAGGAAAUCCUAAACCAACAUAACAGAAAGCAAUGACAAAGUUACGAUAGAUGAAAAGAUAGAGAUAUGUUUUGCACUAAGAUUAUAAUUUACAAUGUUAUCAUAUUAGCAUAUCAAUUAAUAGCACAAAUUGAUCUAUUGUGUUACUUUUUGAUACAUGUUUUUAUGAAAACUUGUUUAUGUAUAUUCUUUAUCAAUUUAAAA